UCUGGACCAAGGUCAGACAUUGUCGACGGCGUGCAUACAAGUGGGGUAGAUCUGGAGAUCGCAAAAAACAUAAGUAAGAAAAGACCCGACCUCGUCAGAAAACUUUCCUGAAUGUCCGGGUCCUACGUUUCCACCAUGUUGUUCAAGAGCAUUAUCCCAGCGGCGGCUGUGUUCGCACGUGAAGCUGCCGCGCAAGCAGCUGGCACGUCGAAUACAGCAACGGGACUACCAGACGUCUUCCCUAAUGCCACGGCGACUUAUUUCGCGCCUGGCGUGCCUACAGAUGCACCAAUUCCGGGCAACUACACGAGUUACUUGCGACCAAGAGUGCAUUUCACUCCUCCUCGUUACUUCAUGAAUGACCCCAACGGAAUGCAUCGAUCACCAGACGGGACAUGGCACUUGUACUAUCAAUACAACCCCAUCACGCCAGUCGCUGGCAACCAACAUUGGGGCCAUGCUACUUCGCAGGAUCUGUACACCUGGACGAACCAGAAGAUCCCAUUCUUCCCUCCGAACGACUAUACUUACCUGUUCAGUGGUUCUGCCGUCGUCGAUACCAACAACACCUCAGGCUUCUUCCCCGAUCAAGACAAUGGAGUGGUUGCUAUCUACACAGCAGCCGAAUACCCUAAUGGCCAGCAGGGCGUUCAGUACCAGGCAAUUGCCUACAGCAGAGAUGGAGGAUACUCUUUCGAGGCCUACGAGGGCAACCCUGUUCUCAAUCUCAACCUUACGCAAUUCCGCGAUCCACAUGUGAUCUGGCACGCACCUACCUCGCGUUGGGUGAUGACUGUAGCAUUUGCUACCGAGUUCGUCAUUGGCAUCUACACCUCGCCCGAUCUCAAGGAAUGGGAAUUUGCCUCCAACUUCACCAGCCACGGCUAUCUUGGCGUGCAAUACGAAUGCCCCAACCUUGUACAGGUGCCCAUGCGUGGACAAGAUGAGCCUGUUUGGUUCCUUCUCAUCUCCAUCAACCCUGGUGGACCUCGUGGUGGCAGUGUAUCUCAAUACUUCCCAGGCGAGUUCAACGGAACCCACUUCGUUCCUUACGAUGGCGCAACACGCCUGACCGACUUUGGCAAGGAUAACUAUGCUGCACAGUUCUUCUACGGAACAGAAGCUGGUCAAGCACCAAUCGCUUUGGGCUGGGCAUCGAACUGGCAGUACACUUCUCUUGUCCCGACAGGUCUGAUCGAGAAUGGCCAGUUCCGCUCUGCAAUGACUGUGCCUCGCACGUUCGAGCUCGCCAACAUCUCCAUGCGCGGUUAUGACCUGGUCUCUGCACCAUACAAUAUCGAAGCUGUGCUCGACAACGAAUUGGCAUACAACUCCUCCCUUGGCAAUGGUUCUGUCAUCUCGUACUUUGCUGACAAGGUCGAGAGCGGCGCCAUCUACUUGGAAGCCAACAUCACUGGUCUGACCUCCACCACUCGUCGUGGCACUGCGAACUUCACCAUCUCCUCUUCGGUGACCGGAGAAUAUAUCCGUGGUGGAAUCAAGGUGGCUGGUGAGCCUGGCAUUUGGAUCGAUCGUGGAAACCUUUUGGGUUUCAGCGAGAACCCAUACUUCUCCGACAAAUUCUCCGAGGAAGGAACCUUCGUUCCUGACGAUGGAAGCUGGGACCUUAAGGUCGUGUACGACAACUCCAUCAUUGAGGUGUUCCUGAAUGGCGCCCAGGCUGUCGGAACUCUCUCCGUCUUCCCAAGCAGGCAGCUGGACACUGUGGCUGUGUUCGUUGGUGGCAUUCCAGCAAAUGCUAGCAGCAGCGUGGGCAUCUGGGGUCUGAAAGAUACCUGGGCUCCGCAAGCGGACGGUAACGGCACCGUGCAAGGCAAUGUGACCCAGUCCAGCGGUUACGUGAGCCAGAGGUCUUUGUUUGGAGAGCAGUAAAAGGACUAGACAUAUUUUAGGGAUGUUGAACGCCUUCAACGAAUAAUGUAAAGCAAUGUCAAGCAACGUAGAACAGCGCAGAUGCCUAUGAUACAAUCUCACAACAGUGCGAUCUUGAUGGUGAUGAUGCCUCUCGGCGCCCGCGUGCCUGUUCCACAGA